AAAGCAGCGUCAGCAGAGCAGAAACAUUCAAACUGAGGAGGAGGAAGAGGAGGAGGAGGAUCAGACGCAGAGAUGGUGAGAAGCUUCAGAGGAGGUUCAGCAGGAUCGCCAUGGAAACGCUGUUGCUCCUGAAGACCUGAAGAUCUUCAUCGUUUGGUUCCACCUCCUGCAGCCAGCAUGCCGAGCAGGUUCUCCUCAGAACCCGCCCUGACGACUGGAGCAAGGCUGCUGCUGCUGCUUGGACUGAUGGUGGUGGUGGUGGAGGCAGCCAGCGUGGAGGAGGCGCAGACCGCCGGGAGGCAGGAGGUCCAGGAGGUCCAGGAGGAAGAGGAAGAGGAGGAGGAGGAGAUGUUGGAACCGGCGUCCUCCAACGGGUCCAGAGUGUCUCCUCGCAGCUCCUGGCUGCUCUUCAGAAGAAACUCCAACAAAGGAGAGAACCGCAGAACCAAGGCCUCCCGCAGAACCUCAAAGCACGGUCUGCCAGGACCGCCGGGCCCUCCAGGACCGCAGGGGCCCCCGGGUCUCCCUGCACCCCUCCUGCCCCAACAGCAGGAGCUGAUCCAGCAGCUGAAGCUCAAACUGGGAGACCUGGCCGGCGGAGCGUGUCUGCAGUGCCACCGUCCUCCUCGUGUCUCCACCUCCUUCUUCAGCCGCCUCCUCCAGGCCGUCCCCGUCCCCCGCCGCAGCCUGCUGGAGCUGCAGCCCUUUGGCCAGCCGUCAGAGUCGGAGCGAAGCCUGCAGAGGGGUCCGAGCUUCAACAGCAGCACCGGCAGAUACACCGCGCCCAUCUCUGGCUUCUACCAGCUCACCGCCAGCCUCCUCAUAGAGUCUGGAGAGCGAGUCCAGGUGCGGCUCAGAGACAGCGUCAGAGCCGCCGUCUGCAUCGAGUCGCUCUGCCAGAGCAACCUCUCGGUGGAGUCGGUGAUGGGCGCGGCAGCCGCAGGAGGAACGUUCAGCAUCUUACUGACAGGAACGCUCUACCUGCAGGCUGGAGAGUACGUGUCGGUGUUUGUGGACAACGCUACCGGGUCGGCCAUCAGCGUCCUGCAGGACUCUCUGUUCUCAGGGAUUCUGCUGGGAAUCUGACCCAGAACCCAGAACAAGUCCUUCCACUGGAGGAACCCAACAGAAGAAGGUUCUAACAAAGCCCUGAAGGGACCCGUCUAAAUGCUGGGAACCAAUCCCAGUCUGCCUGUCAGAUACUAACGGACCACCUGGACCCACACACCUCCGGACCGUGGACCUGACUUAGUCUGGACCAGUUCUGGUUCAGAAGACAACCGGAACCACCGGGGGGUUCAGCAGAGAGUAGAUGGAGCUCACAUGAAUCUGUGAGGAAUCGGAUCAUCUUUAUUCCCGGGGAAUCUUCUGGAAUGGGAUCUCCUUAGAACCUCCAGCCUGGUCAGAACCGGCUUUCCGGACCAGUACGGUCUCCUGGGUUUGCAAACAUCUCCAAUCUGAAGUGGUUCCUCUGCUUCUCUAACUAAAACACAGAACCUCUGGUUCCAGAACCCCUUCAUGCUGGACGUUCUCUGAGGUUCCGUCCUGGUCUCUGCUUCUGUGUGGGUGUUAGAACCUCCUGAGGUUCUGCUGUGUGCUGAUGAUGUUUGCUGCUCUAACAGAAGUUCUAAUAACAGUAGUCGGACUUUGGGUUACAGCCCAGUGUGUGUGAUGAAGUCGCUUGGUUCUGAUUAAAGGGACAGUUUGGAUCUUUAAA